ACUGUCGGGUACGUGAAACGGUGCGGAUUUUCCGUGUUACGGUGCUUCCAUCCAAGAUGUCGGACCGAGAAACAACAAGAAGUUUCACUGUCGGAGAAGAAAACCUGUGUUACUAUUGUAAGUUCUUCAGUAUGGAUCUUCAAGAGUGUAUCAAUCACUUAGUUGUUCAGCAUGGUCAUCUGCAACAUAAAUUAAGAACGAGAGCAUUCAACGCGUCAACGGGUCAUAUUGGUCUUUUAUCAAAAGAUUUUGGAGUUAUACCAAAUUUAGAGCUGGAAACUGGACAAUACUUCAAAGUAGAUGCAACGACAUUUUCACUGGCAGUCAAAUGCAAUAAUGAAAAUAUUGAUAUUUUACAAGAAUCUUUUCACAAUCUUUCACUUGAUAUUGAAGUAGAGCAAAUUGCUAGUCCAUUUACGAUAAAGCAUAAAACUUCAAAACCCUUAAAAUCACUUCAUACUGUUCCUUACGUUGACUCGUCUCGACAAGAAGAAACUUCAUCAUAUGAGAAAGUUAUUAAAAAUUUUGAAGAAAUGAAAACUCUUCUACCAAGUGUCAUAGAGGAAAUGAAAAAGAGCGGACAUUUAAAACCGUGGAUGGACUUUCAUAGAAUGGUUAGUAAUGGAAAUUUUCCAUUUGAUAAUAUAGCAUUCCAACUCUUUAUGGAUGUUUGCCGUUUUUAUGCUUAAUUGCGACAAUACGUCCGAAAUGACUUAUAGUGAUGCAGUUAAACGGUUUUGGCGUAUUGGAUUCAGACUUUUUCAUGGAAAGUGGUUGAAAUUUAUGAGUGGACCAAAACACUUAGGAAAACUGGUUACUAAAGAAUGUGAGAGGGGA